CAUCAGCACCCACCCCACCACCACCACCUCCUCCGUGUCGCUGCGUGCCACACCACGCCCCGUCUCCCAUCAUGGCGACAGUGCGGCCAAUGCGUCCGACCGACCUCCUCCGAAUAUCCGAAUGCAACCUCGAUCACCUCACAGAAACGUAUAACAUCGGUUUCUACCUCGAGUACCUCACAAAAUGGCCCGAGCUGUGUCAAAUAAUAGAAGGCAUGGACGGCGAAAUUGAAGGCUACAUCCUAGGCAAACUCGAGUCCUCCCCCUUCGACCCCCCGAUAAAACCCUACAAGCCCUCCACAACCGGCGUCCAAUACCCCAACUACCUCCCUUACCACGGCCACAUCACCGCCCUGACCGUCGCGCCCUCUGCGCGCCGCCUCGGCUACGCCACCGCGCUAUCGUCUGCACUCGAACGCUCGUCCGACGCGGCCAACGCGUGGUUUGUGGAUUUGUUUGUGCGCAGGAGCAAUGAAAUUGCCAAGGAACUGUAUCGCAAGAUGGGGUAUAGUGUGUAUAGGGUUGUGAAGGAUUAUUACAAUGAUGGCGAGGAUGCGUUGGAUAUGCGGAAGAGUUGUAGUAGGGAUAAAGAGGGGGAGUGUGUUAGGGUUGAUGGGGAGAAGUGGGAGGUGGGGGCUGAGGAUGUUUGGUGAGGGGUUGGGAGGGUUGGUUAUGUUCUUGAAGGGACGAGGAGGGCACAGGCGUAGAUUCUGAAGGAGGAUGCUGUAUAUACCCCGGUGCUGUGGAAUUGAACGAUGGAUGAGGCAUGGCGGAUGCAUUGAUAGGGAUUAUGGGGUACAUGA